UAGCUGUAAGGGAAACUGUUAGUUUUGCAUAAUAUAAACGCUGACUCUGGCAGGUAGGUGGGGUUUAACGGGGCUGAUUAUUUACGGUACUUUUUGUAGCAGCAGAGCUCUCCGGGAUGGUAUAAGAGUGGCUAUUACUACGGGAGGAGAAAACCUACCGACCGAACAAAAGACAGACAGCCUCGUGGAAUCGUUCCAUCGGCGAUGGCACAGCUAGAGGUGUUUUUGUUCACGGCUCUAGCUCGCAUUUCGUCUGGGAAAUCUGCUUCCUUUAUUGGCUAAUCCUGAUCGGUACAUCAACCGACACCUCCAACUAUGGAUUGCACUGAAGUUCCACCUUGUGUGUUUCUGCGUCAAGACAAUAAGAAGUAAGAGGAAACCAUCACGAACGGCUGUGGGCUAUUAUCCAUUCCGGACUGAUCUCCAUCUAUAGAGCGGGUGAUUGAGAAAUGUAUAAGUGAACGGAUUUUUACCCGAAAUAGAUUUUGAUAGGCAAUUUUGUUUCAAUCCUCGGCUGCAAUAUUCAGGAUAUUCAAUUGGUUGACGUGUAAAGGGCAUGGACACCAAUGUUUAUUAUCCACUGUCUACGCAAGUUAUGUUUUAGCUGACAUAAAUUAUCCCUGUAGUUAGAAUAUAUGUCUUCGUGCUCUCUAUUUUGCAAUUAACGGCUUGGGAUGAUAUAACUGCAGUUUAGAGGAUUGCUUUGCGCUGGUAGGAAUAGUGCGCUGCUGUAGUUAAGCUCUUUUUAACAGAUAAAGGCCUGUCGGGAUAGACGCUACGCAGAUCACCUAUAGGCUUUCAGAAAUACCCUUUUGUUAAUUUUGACAACAAACCGAUAUAUAUAUAAAAAAAAUAUCAAUUGUAAAUCAUAUAAACGCAAGUAACCUAUUCUGAGCUGCAGUGUACAGUUGUAGGCUAUAAAGUGGAAUCAUCUACCCACUGCACUAGCAAGGUGACAGUACAGUAGGGUUGCAGUGUGAGCGGAGUUCUCUGUGACAGAAGGACAACAGCCAUGGCUCUGCCAGAUAACACCCCCGGCAUUCCCGUAGUGGAGGAAGUCAUCUUCCCUGAGAUAGUAGAGCUGAACGUGGGCGGCCAGGUGUACAUCACCCGCUACUCAACCCUCAUCAGUGUACCAGACUCUCUCCUGGGGGAGAUGUUCAGCAGGAAAACCACCAAAGGGCUGGCGAGGGACACCAAGGGCCGUUUCUUCCUGGACCGGGAUGGUUUCCUGUUCCGGUAUAUUCUGGACUACAUGAGAGAUCAGCAGCUGGUGCUCCCAGACCACUUCCCAGAGCGGGGUCGCCUGCAACGGGAGGCUGAGUUCUUCAACCUACCUGAGCUCAUAAAGAUCCUGGCGCCCAAACUCAGCAAGCAGAACUCGCUGGGCGAUGAGGGGUGUCAGAGCGACCCGGAGGACUCCUCGCCGGGCAUCGACACCGGGCGCAACCUAGCCUCGCUGGGUACUGCCGCUGCCUGUGUCAGUCUGGUCCCCAGCGGAGACGGUAAACGCUCAGGAUUCAUCACCAUCGGUUAUCGUGGCUCCUAUACUUUGGGGCGUGACAGUCAAUCCGACGCCAAGUUCAGACGUGUUGCUCGCAUUAUGGUCUGUGGCAAGACGUCGCUGGCUAAAGAGGUGUUUGGGGAGACGCUGAACGAGAGCCGGGACCCGGACCGACCCCCAGAGCGCUACACGUCACGCUACUACCUCAAAUUCACCUUCCUGGAGCAGGCCUUUGACAAGCUGGCGGACGCCGGGUUUCACAUGGUGGCUUGUAACUCCACGGGGACCUGCGCCUUCGCUCAUGAGCAGACGGACGACAAGAUCUGGACCAGCUACACUGAAUACGUGUUCUACCGUGGGCGAUCAACCUUUCCCAAACCUCAUCCCUUGGACCUCCCAGACACCAGUCGCCAUGCAGACCAGUCCGUCGACAACCCCUGCCACCCCAGUACUGCCGUCAGCCAACCAGAAACAAACACCACUCUGGACCUGCGAAAUGGCCGGCCCCUCGACCCUCCUCCUCCUUCUACUCCCCCACCUCCCCUUCCUCCAGCUCCAGCCCUGGUCAGCCCUGACCUUCCUCCCUCUUCUCCCCCCUUUCCGCCCCUGCCAGACAUGAGCCCCCAGCGGCCCACCACCCUCGCCCUGAGGACCCUGCCCCACCCCAGCACCGUCAAGCAGAACGGGGGACCCCCACCGGGCAUCAAUGAGGAAGAGGAGGAGAGGAAGGUGAUGGAGGAAGAUCUAAAAAAGUGUAUUGAGGAUUUUAGGAAAAUCAAAGUUCCUAAAGUCUUCCCUGACAAGAAGAGGCACUGGCAGAGCGACCUACUGAAGAAAUACAACGCCUAGGGGUACUGACGUUACCACGGCAACCUAACAGACCCAACACAAUAAGAUAGUGUUCCUGUGCAUAUCGGAUUACAGUAAUAAACAGUGUGUAUCAACGGUUGGCUUGCAUAGGACUUGCAUUGAAAUGGCAUUGGUCUUGAGAAAUCAGGCAUGAAUCAAACUCUGCCAGACUACAUUGAUCACAGUAGAACCAUUUUCCAGUGGUUUUAUUAUGACUUAAAGGCUAUUAUCACAUAAUGCUUUCUGGUUCAUGGUUCCAGAUACUCACCUUUACUUGAAGCAGGAACUACGAGGACAAUACAAUUAAGUGUCAACAACACAUGGAACGACUACGUUCACAGGCUAGUGCUGCUGAUGAAGAUAACAUGUACUUUACAUGUCAAUAGAGUUGGAGUUGACGUGUAAUACAUCAAAUGGAGAGUUUGUUGAUGGACAUCUAUAAUAUAAUCUACAGAGGACUACUAUGACUGAUAUCAGACUGGACAUCUAUAAUAUAAUCUACAGAGGACUACUAUGACUGAUAUCAGACUGGACAUCUAUAAUCCAGAGGACUACUAUGACUGAUAUCAGACUGGACAUCUAUAAUCCAGAGAACUACUAUGACUGAUAUCAGACUGGACAUCUAUAAUCCAGAGAACUACUAUGACAGAUAUCAGACUGGACACCUAUAAUCCAGAGGACUACUAUGACUGAUAUCAGACUGGACAUCUAUAAUUCAGAGGACUACUAUGACUGAUAUCAGACUGGACAUCUAUAAUUCAGAGAACUACUAUGACUGAUAUCAGACUGGACAUCUAUAAUCCAGAGAACUACUAUGACUGAUAUCAGACUGGACAUCUAUAAUAUAAUCUACAGAGGACUACUAUGACUGAUAUCAGACUGGACAUCUAUAAUCCAGAGAACUACUAUGACUGAUAUCAGACUGGACAUCUAUAAUAUAAUCUACAGAGGACUACUAUGACUGAUAUCAGACUGGACAAUUAUAAUCCAGAGGACUACUAUGACUGAUAUCAGACUGGACACCUAUAAUCCAGAGGACUACUAUGACUGAUAUCAGACUGGACAUCUAUAAUUCAGAGGACUACUAUGACUGAUAUCAGACUGGACAUCUAUAAUUCAGAGAACUACUAUGACUGAUAUCAGACUGGACAUCUAUAAUCCAGAGAACUACUAUGACUGAUAUCAGACUGGACAUCUAUAAUAUAAUCUACAGAGGACUACUAUGACUGAUAUCAGACUGGACAUCUAUAAUCCAGAGAACUACUAUGACUGAUAUCAGACUGGACAUCUAUAAUAUAAUCUACAGAGAACUACUAUGACUGAUAUCAGACUGGACAACUAUAAUCCAGAGAACUACUAUGACUGAUAUCAGACUCGACAUCUAUAAUAUAAUCUACAGAGGCCUACUAUGACUGAUAUCAGACUGGACAUCUAUAAUAUAAUCUACAGAGGACUACUAUGACUGAUAUCAGACUGGACAUCUAUAAUCCAGAGAACUACUAUGACUGAUAUCAGACUGGACAUCUAUAAUAUAAUCUACAGAGAACUACUAUGACUGAUAUCAGACUGGACAACUAUAAUAUAAUCUACAGAGGACUACUAUGACUGAUAUCAGACUGGACAUCUAUAAUCCAGAGAACUACUAUGACUGAUAUCAGACUGGACAUCUAUAAUAUAAUCUACAGAGGACUAUUAUGACUGAUAUCAGACUGGACAACUAUAAUCCAGAGGACUACUAUGACUGAUAUCAGACUGGACAUCUACAAUACAAUCUACAGAGGAAAACUAUGACUGAUAUCAGACUGGACAUCUCUAUACUGUAUAAUCUCCAGAGGGUUAUAAACUAAAAUGGGACUGAUAUUCUUGCCAAUAUGAGAAACGUAUCCAUGUAGAGAAUGUUAGUGGCAUGUCUUUUACCCACACAGAGUAAACGUUUGGAAAUAGGGCUUUCAGUUCUGUGAUUCCACUUUCACCCUUGCCGAGAUCAAUAUUUUAGUAUGUUCUGGAAUAGAUCUAUAUGUUGGCCCUGCUCUCUAGUUAGAAUCAGGCUAACAGAAAGUAAUAGUGUUAUUUUAGUUCUGAGGAGCUUCACCUCACUGAUGCAAAAUAAAGGAAAAGGAAAUGUGA